AUGCCUUUAAAGAAGAAGGUGAGAAAUGCUGGACAGUCGGAGACAGAUACGGCAUUCGAUGAGUUACUAAGACCUGUGUAUAAGGGUAAACGGUUAGAAGAUGAGAUCGACACGGCCGAGGAUAAAUGGAAUCUUUUGCCGGCAUUUUUAAAAAUCAAGGGUUUAGUUAAGCAGCAUUUGGACUCGUUCAAUUACUUUGUUGAUGUUGAUUUGAAAAAGAUCUUGCAGGCAAACUCAAUGGUACGAUCUGAUGUGGAUGAGACGUUUUAUAUCGAGUAUACGGAUAUUAGAGUUGGACACAAGUCUACUUCGAAGCCAGGCACCAAAGAAGUGAUAUUACCGCCACAUGAGUGUAGAUUGAGAGACUUGACAUACAGCGCGCCCAUUUACGUUGACGUGUUGUAUACAAGAGGAUCCAAAAUAAUCCAACACAACGAUUUGGAGAUUGGGAGAAUGCCAAUUAUGUUGAGGUCGAAUAAGUGUAUGUUGGAUGGGAUGGACGAGAAAAGAAUGGCUCAAGUGGACGAGUGUCCUUUGGAUCCCGGUGGAUAUUUUGUCGUUAAUGGUACGGAAAAGGUAAUCUUAGUUCAAGAGCAGUUGUCCAAGAAUAGAAUCAUUGUUGAAGCUGACGAAAAAAAGGGCAUAGUGCAAGCCUCGGUGACAUCAUCGACACAUGAAAGAAAAUCCAAAACUUAUGUGAUAACAAAGCACGACAAGAUAUAUUUAAAACAUAACUCUAUUAGCGAGGAUAUCCCUAUUGUGAUUGUGUUGAAAGCAGCAGGCAUCACAUCUGAUCUUGAAAUAUUACAAUUAGUAUGUGGUUCAAACCCUAGUUAUCAAGAUAUAUUUGUUGUCAACUUUGAAGAGGCUGCCAAGCUAGGUGUAUUUACCCAACGACAAGCACUACAAUAUUUGGGUAAACGAGUGAAAACGAUGAGAAGAGCAGGUGCGGCUAAGUUGUCACAAAUCCAGGAAGGUAUCGAGGCAAUUGCCAUCACAAUCAUUGCGCAUUUGACUGUCAAAGACUUGCAAUUUAGAGAAAAAGCUCUUUAUAUAGCUAUAAUGGCAAGGAGAGUUGUAAUGGCUAUGCACAACCCCAAAAUGGUGGACGAUAGAGACUACGUUGGUAAUAAAAGAUUAGAGCUUGCUGGACAGCUUAUGUCAUUGCUUUUCGAAGACUUGUUCAAGAAAUUCAACUCCGAUUUCAAGGCUAAUAUUGACAAGAUUUUGAAGAAACCGAGUCGUGCUUCAGAGUUUGAUGCUCUCUUGUCUAUACAUAUACACUCAAAUAACAUUACCAUGGGUUUAAAUAGAGCUAUAUCCACGGGGAACUGGUCAUUGAAGCGUUUCAAGAUGGAAAGAGCAGGUGUUACUCAUGUCCUAUCCAGGUUAUCGUACAUAUCAGCCUUGGGGAUGAUGACUCGUAUUUCUUCACAAUUUGAAAAAUCGAGAAAAGUUUCUGGUCCUAGAGCUUUACAGCCGUCUCAGUUUGGGAUGCUUUGUACUGCAGAUACACCAGAAGGUGAAGCUUGUGGGUUAGUUAAAAACUUGGCAUUAAUGACGCAUAUCACAACUGAUGAUGAGGAACUUCCUAUAAGAAAGCUUUGUGUAGCUCUUGGUUGUGAGUUGAUUUUGAACCUAGAUUCAGCAACUUUGCACAUGGAUGGUAACUUUGGAGUUUACCUCAAUGGUACAUUGAUUGGAACGACUAGAUUUCCUGUAAAAUUUGUUUCCGAUUUUCGUCGAUUGAGAAGAGCUGGCAAAGUUUCUGCAUUUAUCUCCAUAUACACCAAUAUUCAUCAUCAAGCAGUACAUUUGGCCACUGAUGGUGGACGUAUUUGUCGUCCGUUGAUUAUAGUUGAAAACAACCAGUCCAAAGUACAAAAAGAGCAUAUAGCAAAAUUGUUGAAAGGUGAAUGGGAAUUUGACGAUUUCUUAAGAGAAGGAUUGGUAGAAUAUUUAGAUGUCAAUGAAGAAAAUGAUUCGUUGAUUGCGUUGUACGAGAAAGAUAUUGGUGCCAUCCCCAAUUCGAACACGACACAUUUGGAAAUUGAGCCAUUUACCGUGCUUGGAGCUGUUGCUGGUUUAAUUCCAUAUCCGCAUCAUAACCAAUCGCCUAGAAACACGUAUCAAUGUGCGAUGGGUAAACAAGCCAUUGGUGCUAUAGCUUAUAAUCAAUUCAGAAGAAUUGACACUUUGCUAUAUUUUUCUGUUUAUCCACAGCAACCCAUGGUGAAAACAAAGACUAUUGAGUUGAUAAAUUAUGAUAAGUUGCCCGCCGGUCAGAAUGCAACUGUUGCGGUUAUGUCGUAUUCUGGUUACGAUAUUGAAGAUGCGUUAGUGCUCAAUAAAGCCUCUCUCGAUAGAGGUUUUGGUCGAUGUCAAGUUGUACGCAAAAAUACAGUGCAAUUGAAGAAGUAUUCAAAUCACACAAAGGACAUUUUAUCUGGUAUGAGAGUUGAUGAAAACAAUCAGCCCAUUUUUCCACAUCAACCUUUGGGACCCGAUGGGCUUGGUGAAGUGGGCAGUAGGAUUGAGAAUGGACAAGUGUUUGCCAAUAAGUGGGUUCCAACUAAUGCAGGCGACUCGACAUUGAAUGGACCGCAACAGCAACAGAAUCCAUCUGUGGAAAGUCACAGAGAGGCCGCCUCUUACUACAAGGGUCCUGAACCAUCAUAUAUCGAUCAAGUCAUGAUGUCAGUUAGUGACAAUGAUCAAGCAUUAGUAAAAGUUGCAUUAAGACAGACGAGAAGGCCCGAAUUAGGAGACAAGUUUUCCUCGAGGCAUGGACAAAAGGGUGUUUGUGGUAUAAUUGUACAGCAGGAGGAUUUACCUUUUAAUGAUGAUGGUAUCUCGCCGGACAUCAUUAUGAAUCCGCAUGGUUUUCCUUCACGUAUGACGGUAGGUAAAAUGAUUGAGUUGAUAUCAGGUAAAGCUGGGGUGUUGAAUGGUUCAUUAGAGUAUGGAACUUGUUUCGGUGGCUCCAAAUUGGAGGAGAUGUCACGAAUAUUAGUUGAUAAGGGAUUUUCUUAUUCCGGAAAGGAUAUGUUGUAUUCUGGUAUCACGGGAGAGUGUCUCCAAGCUUAUAUCUUUUUUGGGCCUAUUUAUUACCAAAAAUUGAAGCAUAUGGUGUUGGACAAAAUGCACGCGAGAGCAAGAGGUCCACGGGCUGUUUUGACAAGACAGCCAACCGAAGGUCGAUCAAGAGAUGGUGGGUUAAGAUUGGGAGAGAUGGAGCGUGAUUGUGUUAUUGCAUAUGGAGCAAGUCAAUUAUUACUUGAGAGGUUGAUGAUUUCAUCGGAUGCGUUUGAAGUGGACAUAUGCAACAAGUGUGGGUUAAUGGGAUACAAUUCGUGGUGUACCACUUGUAAAGAAAGCGAAAACAUUAUAAAGAUGACGAUUCCGUAUGCUGCUAAAUUGUUAUUCCAGGAAUUGCUUUCGAUGAAUAUUGCUCCCAGAUUGAAACUAGCUGAUGUGUUUUGA